AUGGGUGCACCCGAGUCAGGAUCUCCGAACGGCAUCACCAAGAGCGCCUACAGCAUCCAAAACAAGAACGGGCUUGGUGUGAACGACGAGGACGAGUACGAGUAUGAGUACCAUCCGUUUGAGACUGAGGAAUUCUACUUCACCUUGGACUUGACCACAAACGAUGCCAAGGCAACCGCUGCAGCACAGACGCUCCUGGAGGAGGGUGCUGAUGACGACGGUGUGAACGAGGGAGCCCCAGGGCCAUCCAACAGAAGUGCAUUGGGCCACUCGGAUAGAGACUCGGGUUCACUCGGCCAGCUCGAAGUGUCGGAUUUACACAGCAGUAACCCUUUCGUCAGGCUCGAUAAUGCAUACUACAGCUGUAAUUGGACCACGGAUCUUGGCAGUCAGGUAUACAUCACGGAGCCUGGACUAGCCCACAACCCUCGGCGAGCUGGCAAAAUACUCGACGUGGUCGGGCUGUCACGAGCGAGACUGGUUGGCAGACCGGCAGCUCCGCGACCACGACAGCAAGUUGCUGCCCCUACGGCGCUGGGCUCUUCAGCCAUCAAUGCUAUCACCAUACCUGGGAGCUCUACUAUGGCUAGCACAUCUAGAACUCCUCUGACUGAAAGCGAUCGCUUCACAGAACAGCAGACCGCGCGCUUCGCCGCCGCCAAGGCAAAUGCAAAGAACGAAGAAGAGAGAUCACAAGCCGCCUUUCUUGAACGUUUCUCUGCCGUCAAGCAAAAGAAAGGGGAGACAGAUCGCGUCCCGUAUUACGGCAUCAAGAAGUACGCAGCACCCGACGACAAAGACGAGAUCCGCAAGCGAGCGUUGGAGGCUGAACCAGCGUUUGAGGACCCGCGCCCGAAGAGGCCUUACAAGCGGAAAAUUCCUGAGGGGUAUGUUGUGCCGAAGGGUAUUGUUAUGAAUGGUUCUGGCGGUGUGAACCAAAUGGCAACUGUGCAUCUUACCUGCGACACUCCUGGCGGAUCUACAGUACCCGGUGCAAGCCCUGCUGCGCCUGUAUCAACGGAUGCUGUGAACACUCGCCCAGCCGCUAAUGGUCCACGUCCUCCCAGCUCGCAGACCGCAGAAACUGUUCAAGAGAACCCGGCACCACCGAACGAGGAGGAUGAGUCCGAUGCGGAACCACCGUGA